UUAAUUCAGUACAUACAAAAGUGUGGGAUUUUUUCUCAUGCUGUGCGAUUUCAAGUCAAAAUUCCUUCAGAGAAAUAACGUGCAACGUUGUCCUUUGCGUAUUUACAUCAGGUCAAUCCGGUUGUAAACAGGCAGGAGGUAAAUUCGAGAAGAAACCUGCGAAAACCUGUCCCGAAAUCGUCUGAAACUGAAUUUUACGAGGAAUUCGACAGCUAUGCUGGUGGAAAUGGGUAACCUGCUGUUGGAGAACGCGUUUGAGACAGUACAAGAGCUCGGUUCUAGCACCGUCGCGCUGACAACGAUUGUUGUUCUGCUGGGUGUCACGUACUUCGGGCGGCAGUUCUUCAGCAGUCUCGGCAAAGACGAGAAGUCCCCACCUGAAGUGCCGCAUACUAUCCCAAUACUUGGCCAUGGUUACAACUUCUACAAGAACCCCAUUGGCUUUCUUGAGGAGGCUUACAAGAAGUAUGGCCCAGUCUUUACCAUCACUAUGGCAGGGUCGAAGUUCACGUAUCUGGUAGGCUCUGACGCGGCAGCGACUCUGUUCAACAGUAAGAACGAGGACUUGAACGCCGAGGAGGUGUACUCACGUCUUACCACGCCUGUCUUCGGCAAGGGGGUCGCAUAUGAUGUCCCAAAUCCCGUGUUCCUUGAGCAGAAGAAAAUGUUCAAGACAGGACUGAACAUUGCGAGGUUCCGCACACACGUCUCACUGAUAGAGCAGGAGACUAAGGAGUACUUCAAACGGUGGGGAGACAGUGGUGAGAGGGAUCUAUUUGAGGCCCUGGCACAGCUGACCAUCCUUACUGCAAGCAGGUGUCUACACGGGAAGGAGGUGCGUUCCAUGCUGCAUGAGGGAAUAGCACAGCUGUAUGCUGACCUGGACGGGGGGUUUACCCAGAUGGCAUGGCUGUUACCAGGCUGGCUACCCCUCCCCAGUUUCAGGAAGAGAGACAGGGCCAACAGGGAAAUGAAGAAAGUCUUCAAAAAGAUUAUCCAGCAAAGAAGGGAGUCAGGAGAUUCUGAUGAUGAUAUGUUGCAGACCCUUAUGGAAUCCACCUACAAGGAUGGUCGGCCACUGACAGAUGAUGAGAUAACAGGGAUGAUGAUAGGACUGCUGAUGGCCGGUCAGCACACCUCCUCCACCACCAGCACAUGGAUGGGCUUCUUCCUGGCCAAACACACGGACGUCCAGGCCAGGGCCUACAGGGAACAACUGGACGUGUGUGGGGAGGACCUACCACCUCUCAACUAUGAUCAUCUGAAAGACAUGAACCUGUUAGACAAGUGCCUGGCUGAAACCCUGCGUCUGCGCCCUCCCAUCAUGACCAUGAUGCGCAUGUGUAAGACCCCUCAGGUCGUCAACGGUUACACCAUCCCAGUGGGUCACCAGGUCUGCGUGUCUCCAACAGUCAACCAGAAACUACAGGACACCUGGAAGGAUGCAGAUACUUGGGACCCCAACAGGUUUCUGGAAGGGAAUGCCAGCACUGGAAAGUUCUCCUAUGUGCCAUUUGGUGCAGGCCGCCACCGCUGUAUUGGUGAGAACUUUGCGUACGUCCAGAUCAAGACCAUUUGGGCUGUGCUGCUCCGAGAGUUUGAGUUUGAGCUGGUCGAUGGACACUUCCCGGCGGUCAAUGUUGAAACUAUGAUCCACACCCCGUCACAAGCCAUCAUACGCUACAAGAAACGUCCAACAGCCACCAUUUGAUAAAAAUUCAUACUGCAUCUAGUAAUCUGUGAUUUUAUAGCUAAAGUUUGUAUGAUCUUAUAGGUAAAUUUUGUGAAGACACAAGAUACAGUUUAUUUGUUAAUGAUCAUACUAUAUUCAUAGUCCUGAGAAAAAUUUAACUCUUUGUAAAGCUGAUUAUAUGAAAAAGGAAAUAUUUCACCAUUGCAAAAUUUCAAGUAAAGGUUGAGAUAGCAAUGUUCAAGAUUCGCCAAAAAGAAGUUACUCAAGCAACUGGAUGUGAUUUUGGA